AUGGUCCGUGCGAACGCGUUGAUUUCACGAAAUACUGUGAAGCUCUUCUCUGCUCUUCUUUCCUCCUCCUACAACAUCGCCGCCACCGUCUUCCGCCGCCGAACAACCACCAACAUGGCCGGCAGAAAGAACUCCAACAACUCCGGAAAGAAGGCUGCUAAGCCCAAGACAACCCCCGUCGCGGGGAAAAAGCGCAAGGCAGACGACCAGACCACCGACGCCCCGGCCCCGGCCCCUGUGGCCAAACGUCCCCUCCCCUUCGCCGAUGGCCCUUCGGCUGAGGCCCCCUCUGCGUCCCCCCGGGCCUUUUGGCCUGGGCUCCCUGAGCCCAAGCGCUUUCCCGAACGCAAAAACUACGACACCAAUGUCGCCCACAUGGAAGCCAAGGUCGCGUACAAGCGAGCUCGGCUCGAUUUCAACACGGAUGACCUCAAGUGGUGCCACCGUGAGCGGGCGCGCCUUUCGGAGCGCAUCGAGUUAGUCACCAAGUUGUGCCGAGACGACGCCGAUUCUAUCAACACCAUGAGCAACGAACUUGCGACACUCAAGGAACAAGGUGCCGAGGAGGCUUUCGGUGUCUCCUCCGAGAAUUUCCUUCAGGAGAGCCUCAACAAGAAGCGUGAGGAGAGCGCUGCCGCUAAGGGCGGUGCUGAGGCCGAGGGCGUCACGCCCACCUCCGAAUACGAAUUGACCCGGUGCUCUUCUCUUGAAUCCAUGCUCACAUGUCUCAAGCGAGGCAAGCACUAG